AUGCCAGUGCACGUGCUUCAGACCAUCCCCCACACAUGGCCGUUCGUGGUCUGGGGUCUCAACAUGGUUGGGCCUCUCAAGAAGGCUCCUGGCGGCUUCACCCGCCUGCUCAUCGUGGUGGACAAGUUCACCAAAUGGAUUGAGGCAAAACCGAUCGUCAAGCCCAGCUCCCAAGAAGCUGUCAAGUUUUUUCUUAACAUUGUCUACCGGUUUGGUGUGCCCAACACCAUCAUCACGGAUAAUGGGAGCAACUUCACAGGCAUGAAGUUCUUGGGUUUCGCUGACAGGCACGAGAUCAAGAUAGACAGGGCGUCGGUCGGACACCCUCGCACUAAUGGGCAGGUAGAAACGAUGUCACGAUCCUCCAGGGAGUCAGGCCUAGCAUCUUCAACCAGCUCAACAAGUUUGUUGGCCGGUCGGUCCAGAAGCUCCCAGCCAUCCUCUGGAGACUGA